GUCGCAGUUUAUUUAGACACACAGUGGGAAAAAACGUUUUCAAAUUAUGGUAAAAGGCGCGCGUUGCUGCCUUUACGCAGUCAUCUUCUAUGUAACAAUCGACUAUUAUUUUUCCGAAACCGAUGCCUACAAAAAUAAAAUAAAAAACUUUGUUUAUAACAGUAAUGGGUUGGGGACAUAUAGUUUCGAGUUUGAAAAUUUAGAUGGUACGUUUAGAAAAGAAGAUGGGGGAAUUGCUGCAAAUACCAAAGGUGUUGUUGGUUUUGUUGUACGUGGCGUAUAUGGUUUUAUAGACCCUGAAGGACGUCAUCACUCAGUGCAGUACAUAGCUGACGAGGAUGGCUACCAACCAAAAAUGGACGAUGACGACAUAAGAUAUAAUGACAGACGAAUAAUUUAAAAUGCCUAUAUCAUAAAAUAAACGACUAAG